AUUGAGAUUACUAAGACAUUUGAGUUAUAUCGAACAUUUGUGUUGCCAGUGUUUAGUGCUGCAGGUAACGUGGGUCUUCAUUACGCACCCAUUCCCGCAUUUCUGGCGGUAGGGCGGGAUCGGCAAACAUUUAUUGAACUGACGGAAGCCGAGGUACGCUCUUGCCAGGGAAAGGCGAGUUCGGUAUGUCCGCCCAGUAAAGCUAUCUACCGAAAAAAUUUUAAGAAGACUUGUGUGAUGGCGCUGUUCCUGCAGGACACUGACAAAAAGAAAACGGAGUGCGAUCAUGUUGUAGUAGAAUGGAGAGGACCUGAAGCCAUUUACCUGGGCCACCGGAGAUGGGCAGUAUCAAUGAAUAAUCCACGCUCUCUGGUAAUGGAGUGUCCCCAACAGACAGAUUCGAGGGAUUCGUCGAGAGCAGAGCUGCCGUUGGUCGGUAUUGUCGAAAUCCCGCACGGUUGCUCCAUUCAAACUGAUGAGUGGAUUUUGCAGGCCAGUAGGCAACACUCGUUAUCAUCCGCUAGGAAGGGGAACGACUUUGUGCCACGUCUGAAAGGGGUGAACUGGGCUGUAGCUACAGAUGCCCAACAACAAGGAAGCAUGACGAGCGGGAAAUCUACGAACUCAUCGCUGCAGGCUUCAUUAGAAGCGUCCUUGAAACGGAUCGGCGGCAGUCUGACGAACGCAGCUAGUUUUGGUAAAACUAUCCGUGCUUUGGAAGUAGACGAUUCGGAAAGGGGAAAACGAGCGGCGGAA